AAUAUUGGCGUUCAAGUAAUUUUAGGCCGAGGGUCUCUGGGUCGGUUGGUCGCGUGCGGGUGACCGGGUCAUCGAGGCCUACCCCGUCAGUCGUCAAGAAGCAGCGGUGGCGUGCGGUGCAUCGCUCCCGUGUAGAUCGCUACUUUUGGAGCUGGCAUCCCUGGACUUGCUGGUAAACAUUGUGAUGAUGGCGGCUCAGGAAGGUGUUAAUGUGGACACUCUGACAACGACCCUCGGCACUCUCAGGACUCUCAGGAGCAGCGUUACACUCUUCUUCAAGAUAGUAUCAGAAGGUCCCAAGGAUGAAAACAGCAAUGAAGGGGAAAAUAAUUUUGCUGAGGAGGCAAUGAAGGUCAUGGCUGACAUCAAGUCACAGCUACGAGAAUUGGAGACACAAGUAGCAGGCCUCAGUCCACCAUCAAACCCAGUAAACCUUGGCAACACAGGACUCCUCUCGUUGGAUCCCACACCAGAUAAAUUACCACUCUACUAUCAGCUGCUGGACUGUUACACAUGGAUGGAGAAGGUCCAUUGUUACUCCACAAUAAUGCACUCUCUCUUCUCUGGAAAUAACCUCAAGAGAUCAUCCGUAUCAUCACCUUAUUCUGCCAAGAGGAGACGGCCUGUUCAGUUAAACCACAAUGUACCUCAACAACAAGUGGAUGGGAUAAUUCAAGGCAUAAAUCAGAUGUUCCCAGACAUGACACUCAACCUGUCUCGACCAUUUGGUAACAAUGCUGUAGUCCAGGUAACCUUAGGUCGUGUGCUAAGAGCAGUUGUGACUUUCAAAGGCAUUCUUAUCGAGUGGGUUGUCGUCAGAGCAUUUAAUGAACCUUUACUUGAUGAUGAUGGUAAGGUUGACCUCUACACUCCAUCCCAGUACAAAGUGUUUCAAAAGGUGACGGACAACGCGAACGCUGCUAUGUUGAAUUUCUGUUCACCAGGAUUUUCCGACUUAGCUGUCCGCUCCUUCUUUACGUGGCUCCAUAGCUUUGUCACACUCUUCACUGAUGUUUGCAAGAGAUGCAAUAAUCAUCUUCAUAACCACAUGCCCCCAACGUGGAGAGAGUUUCGAACACUAGAUCCUUUUCACGAAGAAUGUAAAGCAUAAGAAUACAAUAAUGUGUCAAUUCUCUCUCCCUCAGGAUAUUGUGUAAACAUUUUUUAUAUGAAUUGUGUGUAUAAUAAGAGUAAGUACUUCAAUGUUAAAAUAAAAUUUAUUACAUAGUGAA